AUGCAUUUAACUCAGAAUGUUUGAUUCUGCGUGGACAAAACAGUCCGAUUGCAUUCCCAAGCUCUUAAACGAUUAGUACUAGUAUAUAGUAGUUAGAAGAAAGAGGAAUCACUAUUGAUAACAGAUGUCGGCAUUCUCCUCGCUCCUGCUGCCAUCGUUUUUCCUUUUUCCUGGACAGCCACUGCAACUCCUCCCAAAUCCUCCCACCCGGUUUAGCCGGCUCCGCUGCCACCGCCGCGACUCCACCUCUGUCGCCACCAUGGUCAAGUCCAAGGCCAUCAGGGUCCACGAGCUGGGCGGCCCCGAGGUGCUGCGGUGGGAGGAGGUGGAGGUCGGGGAGCCCGGUGAAGGGGAGAUCCGCAUCAGGACCACCGCCGUCGGCGUCAACUUCAUCGACAUCUACUUUCGGAAGGGGGUCUACGCCGCGCCCACCAUGCCCUUCACCCCAGGAAUGGAAGCCGUUGGCGUCGUCACCGCUGUUGGGCCUGGCCUCACUGGCAGGAAGGUGGGCGAUGUUGUUGCAUAUGCCGGCAACCCCAUGGGCUCCUAUGCUCAGGAGCAGAUCCUUCCAGCGGCUGUCGCUGUUCCUGUUCCACCUUCCGUUGAUCAUAAGCAAGCAGCUUCUGUGAUGCUCAAGGGCAUGACCGCCCAUGUUCUGCUUCGCCGGGUAUUCAAGGUUGAGAGUGGCCAUACUAUCCUGGUCCAUGCUGCUGCUGGUGGUGUCGGCUCACUCCUUUGUCAAUGGGCAAACGCCCUUGGUGCCACUGUCAUCGGGACUGUUUCCAAUCAAGAAAAAGCCGCUCAGGCAGCUCAGGAUGGAUGCCACCAUCCCAUAAUUUACACUAGCGAGGAUGUCGUCGCAAGAGUCAAGGAUAUUACAUCAGGAAAAGGUGUCAAUGUCGUCUAUGAUUCUGUUGGAAAGGAUACAUACAAGGCUUCCCUGGAGUGCUUGGCGUCCCGCGGCUUCCUGGUGUCGUUUGGGCAGUCGUCAGGCAAACCUGACCCAAUCCCAACGAGCGACCUGGCUUCCAAGUCCUUGUUCCUCACUCGUCCUAGCCUCAUGCAUUACACUGCUACCCGUGAUGAGCUGCUGGAGUCAGCCGGCGAGGUGUUUGCCAAUGUCGCUAACGGGGUGCUGCACGUCCGGGUGAACCACACGUAUCCAUUGUCGGAAGCUGCCCAGGCCCAUGCAGAUCUGGAGGGCAGGAAGACAUCAGGGUCCAUAGUGCUCAUCCCGGGAUAGACUCAAGGGCAUGUGAAUGAAUAAAUGGGGUGAUCUGGUUAUGGGAACGGCGUAAUAAUAAUUAUAUCUAUGCUGUUUAUGCGGUAUGUUCGAGUCUGUUUCUGAGUUCCUAAAUCUGAAUGAAUAAGUGGCGCCCUUGUGUUGUUGGGUCAGGGCCGUGCCGGAAUUAUUGAACAGAGGCCUUUAUUCACAAAAUCACUAAAAAAUAACAGUAUAGAAAUGAAAUUUAUGAAAA